CUCAAUGCGUUUCAGUUGUGACCGUAGCAUAGUUGACAGUUGUUAAAAAUAAAAAAAUGAAAAGAAUCAUUGUUUUUGCGUUAUUUGUUUGUGCGUCGUGUAAUUUUCAUAAUAAUGAAGGAGCCGGACUCAAAUCAGAUAAAAAUAACCGACCAAAAUCACGGUGCUUACAAGCUAAAAAUAAUAAUCUCAAGAAAAACAAUUUCUUUCGAGAUGAAGGAACUCAUAAUGUGACUAUAAUAAGAGAUGAACCUGCAGUUUUAGAUUUAAAUCCAGCUAAGAUACCAUCUCUAAUGGCUCCAUCAAAAUCCAUUGGACUGUUACAACCGAUAGACAUUGACCUUGCCGAUAGAUGCUUCUCUAAGCCCAAGUGUGAUCCCAAUGCACCAUUCAGAACUAUAGAUGGCAGUUGUAAUAAUUUGAAUUUUCCAGUUUGGGGACAAACGAAUAUAGCGAAUACUCGAAUUAUUGAUGCAAAUUACUCGGAUGGUAAAUCGCAGCAAAGAAAAGCGAUUUCAGGUCGYGAAUUGCCAAAUUCCAGACAUUUACGAACAACUUUAUUCAUAGAUAUGGAUAAACCKGCAUUGGAACAUAAUGUAUUGGUCACACAAUUCGGACAAAUGAUUGCACAUGAUACCGAAUUGGCAUUUCCUAAACGUUCAGUAAAUGGCGGUAAACUUGAGUGUUGUAACCCAGACGGUACGACUCCACGAUUUCUGCCAAAAGGGUGCCUUCCAAUAUGUCAGAUCCAACCAGUCAGACAACUUAUUGGCGUUACUAGUUUUAUUGAUUGUUCCGCGUUGUACGGUUCAGAUGCUGUUACAGCAAAAAGUUUACGUACACUUAUGAAUGGUAAGCUCAAAACACAGACUGGACCUAACGGAAAAUCAUACUUAUCAAAUGUCAAAAAACCAACACAGUCAUGCAACGUCCCUGCAGAUAAUUCGGCUUGCUAUGCUUCAGGAGACUCAAGAGUUAACCAACAUCCCAAUAUGGCAGUAAAUACAAUUUCCUUAAUGAGACUACAUAACUUACUGUGUGAUGAGUUCAAAAAAUUAAACCCAACAUGGAACGAUGAAAAAAUAUACCACCAAGCAAGGAGAUUAGUUAUUGCAAUGUAUCAGCAUGUUACAUACAAUGAAUUUUUGCCGGUGAUUUUGGGCCGAGAUUAUUGCAAAGCAAAUAAUUUACURCCGUUAAGUGAUGGCUUUGACAAUAAUUAUGACGCAUUCUUAAACCCGACUACAUUUACUAGUUUUACCGCUGCUGCGUAUAGAGGUCUCCACAGUUAUAUACAAGGGUCUAUGGAUUUAGUUAGUGAAUCUAGACAAACCACAUCAAAGUUACGUCUAAGUGAUAUUUUUUUGAGAUCUGACAUUGUACAAGAUAAAGACAAUUAUGAUAGUCUCAUCAGAGGAAUGCUAACUCAACACGCACAGGGACAAGAUCAAUUUUUUACUAAAGAGAUCACUGAAUUCCUAUUCAAAAGCUUUAACAAAACGGACGGUUCUGACUUGAUUACCUUAGACAUAGAACGCGGCCGAGAUUUCGGUGAACCCUCGUAUAAUAAAUUCAGGCAACUGUGCGGAUUGAGAGCAGCCAGAACAUUUGGUGACUUUACCGAUCAAAUUAGUAAAAAAAACGUGGACGCUUUAGCUAGCAUAUACGAACAUGUGAACGAUGUUGACUAUUACGCAGCUGGUAUUUUAGAAAAACAAAAACCUGGAUCCAUAUUUGGGCACACAUUCCAAUGCGUUAUCGGUGAAAUGUUUUUCAGAUGGAAAUUUGGUGACAGAUUUUAUUAUGAAUUUGGAAAUCAACCUGGUUCUUUUACCUUAGGCCAACUUAAAGAAAUACGAAAAACGACAUUGGCUUUCAUAAUGUGUGUGACGUCAGACAUUCGUUUCAUACAACGAAAUGCAUUCGAUGUACCCAGUAGUCGUAAYCCAUUGGUAUCUUGUAACUCAAUAACAAAAAUAAAUUUGGCUCCAUGGAUAGAUAAAUAAUGGGAUCAUUCGUCAAUUACUUCAGUUAUAAAUAUUUAUAGAUUAUAUACUUAUUAUCUCAUAUGUAACUAAUAAAUAAAAUAGUAUAAUCUAUAUUUAUUAUUAGAUAUAGGUACAUUGGCGUAGUAUUAGAAGUUAGAGCGAAAUAUAGUAACACUAGUACUACGCGUAAUUAAAAUUAAAAAAAUUUUUUUAUCAUAUUUGUAUACUUUUUAAGUGUAAAGAAUAUUAAAAA